AGCGGCUGGGGGGGGGAGUGGUGGGAUGGGGAUGGGCAGGGGGGACUUGCGAUUUGCAGAGCGGAGACACAGCCACGAGCUGGGAGCGCGGCACACGCACACACCCACCACCUGAGCAGCAUGGUGCUCCUCGCUCUUAGCCUCUGCCUGCACACCCUGUUCUGCUAUGUGCUCUCGCAAGCCUCCUUCGUGCAGAAUAUCCUGCCCCUCUCAGCAGUUUAUCAAGCCCUCGCAUCCUUGGAUCAGAAGAAGGGGUUCGACCCCUGCUGUUUGCUGGCUCCACCCCCGCCCCCAUUGUUCCCACCCCCUCCCCUGCUGUGGCAGAAACACAACCAUAAUGAGCCCCCCAGCAUGUCAGGAGGAGACAAGAAGGAUAACAAGAAUCCUGAGGUCCCCAGUUGUGCCCCUGGCCCUCCUGGGCCUGCAGGCCCCCCCGGCCCCCAGGGUCCCGUUGGAAUUCCGGGGGUAAUGGGACCGAAGGGAGAAAAGGGAGAAAUUGGCCGGCCAGGAUCAAAGGGUCGGACCGGUCCGCCAGGUCUCCCAGGGCGUCAGGGACCAGCAGGAUGGCCAGGACCAAAGGGGCCCAAAGGUGAGAAGGGGGACCCUGGAGUACUGGGGCUGCCUGGGGCACGAGGACCAGUGGGGCACAAGGGUCUCCCAGGAUACAAAGGAGAGAAGGGAUCUCGGGGUGAAAGGGGCGAAGUUGGGCGCAAGGGGGACAAGGGUAACAUUGGUCUUCCUGGAAUGCUUGGGCAGAAGGGCGAGAUGGGCCCAAAGGGAGAGGCUGGAGUCUCAGGAAACAGGGGUCCCACAGGGCGACCAGGCAAGAGGGGCAAACAGGGUAUGAAGGGAGAGCCCGGUGCCAAAGGUGCUAUGGGCCCUGCAGGUCCCCCAGGUCCCACUGGCCACCCAGGACCCCCAGGCCAACCUGGGUCAGGACUGUUCCUUGUAGGAGAGAAAGGGGAGAAGGGAAGCCCUGGGCCACCUGGUCGGUGCAACUGCAACACACCACUGAGUAUCCUCAGCCCACCGUACGAGGAAUAUGCCCAUCAAAAUAACUACGCUAAAGUACCUGCGAUAUUUGUUGUGAACAGUGAAGAGGAAUUGGACCGUCUUCACACUGACAAUGCUCUCGCUUUCCGGAAAGAUCAGAGGUCUCUUUAUUUCAAGGACAUUGAUGGAUGGUUGCCAAUCCAGCUGACCCCCUUCCAGUCCACGGAGAUGGAUCCGGAUCAGGGGGGCUUCUGUGGGGACGGUGUGAUGCAAGCCCUUAAUGGAGAGGACUGUGACGAUGGCAACAAAGUUGUCACGGACGGCUGCAUCAAGUGCAGAAAGGCCUACUGUGGAGAUGGAUAUCGCUAUGAGGGUGUGGAGGAGUGCGAUGGGAAGGACUUUGGCUUUUACACAUGCCAGUCAUAUCUCCCAGGGUCUUUUGGGCAACUGAAGUGCACAGCGGAUUGUUCUAUUGACUCAACAAGCUGCAAGUACUUCACCUGAGAUCUUGAGGAGAGAGGGGUGAAACACCCAGUGGACUGAUGCAGUAACCGUGGUGACGGAAAAACACUGCAAACAGGAAGAAGAUGGAUGGAAAAAAAAAAACCCGUUUAUUGUCACUCCUCCUCCAGACUGCUGAGAUGACAGCAUUUACUUGAGGAAGGAUUGUUUUUUACUCGUUCACAGAAACCACAUAGGACCACUGCAUUCAGUCUUAAUAAUUCUGUCAAGACUUCACCACUCCAUCCCAUCAACCGUUUUGAGCUUUGCGUAAAGAUCUAAGGACUUGUCCCUAAAGGAAGGAGAGGCCCAAAGGGGUGGUCCUAGCAAGGAGACACCCAGUCGCUCCUGAGGACUGGUGGAGGCGGUGUUACAUGUACAUUACCUCGACAUUAGCACUGUUCAAAGGAAUAUUCAGGUUUUCUGGGAGACUUCAGAUCAUCUAAAACCAGGGUGCUGUGCAAUUUAACUGUAAUGUGAAGUAGGUGUUUAUAAAGUCUGCAUGAGACUGAAAAUUACUUAUCAAAGGCAAAAAACAUAAGCUAUGUAUACAUCUAUAGAUAGUGAGUUUGUACACUUUUCCAUUUUUGUGUGCACAGUGAGGUAUGUAAUAUUGUUGCUAUAAUGUGGAAGAGGCUCGUUCGGUUCGAAAUGGGCGUGGAGGAACAUGUUGCGUAAGAAACUUCCUGUUGAUGGGCUGCCGGUGUGACGGAAGGCCAGGUGAUGGUACAAUACCAGGGAGGUUGACUGGCCCAGAAGACGAUGCACGGACAGUCAAAGUGUCACGCCGUUCUACGGCUGGCUUCCCCCAGGAGCUCACAACGGUCAGGCAUUGCUGAAGGCAUUUCCGACAUUUCAAAAAAAUGACCAAAACAAAACCUUUCUCAGCUUCCAAGCAGUGAUCCUUCCAGCCUUCCGGCACAAUCUUACAGAACUUCUCCACAGACGAGAGACCCGUUGCGGUGCUCGCACCUGCUACGGUCUGUCUCGAGCGUGGAAACUGUGAAUCUAGCGCGCUUGCCAAAGCGCUCGGCUUUUCAGGGACUGAAGCGAUCCACGCGAAAGGCUUACGCGCUGUUAUGUUACUGAUGCUCUUAAACGAUACUGCCACCUAUGAACAAGGCGGGAAAAGCCUUCUGCUGCUAUGUGAUGUAAAGCACCGCACGGUUUCAGGAGAGCCGCUGGGAGGGAGGUCUGCCUCAGAUGGCCGGUCUGCAUACUGCUCUCAUCGCCAACCUCAUACCUUUUAUUAGACAGGAAGCGGAUGGGGCUUCAGGAUGACUUUCCUCCCACCUCCAUCCUUUUCCAUGUCAGUAAAUAGAAUAAAUAAGCCAGUGAUGGUUUGUAAUGCAAAUGGGUUCGUAGAGUCUGCUUCUUGUUGUUUCUGUGCUUGCAGUGAAGGAGUGCUCACUGUGUGGGUGUAUAUAAGCUGCAUAUUUUGUUCAGUGCACUCAAGGUCAAGGUAGAGAACAGUCUUCUUUACAGCCACUUGUUCAAAGGGAAAUGUGAUGAACUGCAUUGUACGGAUAUUUCUGUUGCGCGUUCUUUCUGGCGUUGUGCGCGUGCAUGCUUGUAUUUUUUAAAUGCUACAGACUAACAGUGACGCUCAAGUGACUGUUCGAGCUUUAACGCCCAUAUGUUACCGGUGAGUCUCUAUAUAAAUGGGUCAUGCUGUGUUUUCGUUUAAAAGUUGCUCUCGGUCCGCAAGUCGUGUGGCUCGUUGUCCGCGUGUUGGGUAAGCAGUGUUUGUGGAGCGUCGUGAAGCUUUG